AUGUCGUGGUCACCAGAAAGUCUCCCGGACCUGAUGGGGCGGGUGUACCUCGUGACAGGGGGAAAUACUGGCAUUGGUUUCCAAACAGUUCUCGGCUUAGCAAGGCAGAAUGCAACAGUUUACAUCGGAAUUCGAUCAGAGGGGAAGGGAGCUGCUGCAAUAGAAGCAGUAAGAGCUGAAAAGGGGGACGCAAAAGUCGAAUUCGUCAAGAUGGACAUGAUGGAUUUGAAAACUGUUGUGAGGGUGGCAGAGGAGAUCAUAAGGAAGGAGAAGCUUCUGCAUGGCCUGGUCAACAAUGCAGGGAUAAUGGCGACGCCGUACGAAGAGUCUUCUGAUGGUGAUGGAUGCGAGGCACAGUUCCAGACAAACUAUCUCUCCCACUGGUUGCUCACCUUUCAUCUCCUGCCACUACUCCUCGAAACGUCCCGUCAAAGCCCUAUGGGCACUGUCCGCAUCGUGAAUGUCAGUUCAGACGGCCAUUUGAUCUUCGGCGCACCGUCAGGCAUCGAUUUCAACGACAUUAACCAAACUCAGACCGGCAAGGGAGGACCAUGGUCGCGCUAUGGGUCAUCCAAGCUUGCAAACAUCCUGCACGCCAAAGAAUUGAAUAGGCGGUAUGGAGGUUCGGAGAGGGGAUGCAUCUGGACCGCGAGCCUACAUCCGGGAACAGUAGACACAAAACUGUCCACUGGGGCCACAGGGUCUAGCUUCUUCCAGGUAAUCCUGCCGAUCUUGAAGUUCUUCGGGGCUUACUCCAAAGUGGACACGGCCGCCUACACUUCGCUUUACGCGGUGGCCAGCGAUGAAUUCACGCAGAACUUGAGUGGCGAGUAUCUCCAGCCUGUGACCAAACUGGGCAAGGCAAGCAAACAGGCGAACGAUCCCAAGCUCGCAAAGGAUCUUUGGUCCUGGACGCUGGCUGAGAUGAGUGUUCGGGGCUUCGCCCCUGUCAGUCUUCAGGAGGAAUUAGGCGAGAGAAAGGAUUGA